UGUAUUUUUGACUUUCAUGUGACAAAAUAAAAUGUUAAUGGACAAUAAAGCACUUAACAGUUGCUUUAAUUUACAGCAGUGUGUGAUUUGACAUAAAACAAGUGAAUCCAGUCUCACCUUGUAAAGAGAAAAUGGGAAACUGUUUUAGUAGACCCGGAGAAAAGGAUUCUAAAACAAAAAAUGAAAGGGUUAAUCCUCAUGAAGAAGACCCUAGACAGUUUCAAACUCCUGUUCCUACACCACCCCCAGAUCCAAUAAGAUCUACUGUAAAUCAAGGCCCAGAUACCAGUGAGGUCCCUCCCACCCGAAUAUUUGUUGCCCUGUAUGACUACGAUGCAAGGACCGAUGAGGACCUUAGUUUUAGGAAAGGAGAACAUUUGGAGAUACUCAAUGAUACACAGGGUGACUGGUGGUUAGCAAGAAGUAAGAAGACAAAACAAGAAGGCUACAUUCCAUCGAAUUAUGUCGCUCGCUUGCAAUCUAUAGAGGCCGAACCAUGGUAUUUCCGUAAAAUCAAACGGAUCGAGGCCGAGAAGAAGCUACUCCUUCCUGAGAAUGAGCACGGUGCUUUUCUUAUAAGAGAUUCUGAAAGUCGACACAAUGACUUUUCACUAUCAGUUCGAGAUGGUGAUACGGUCAAGCAUUACCGUAUACGUCAGCUGGAUGAAGGUGGUUUCUUCAUCGCCCGCCGUACGACGUUCAGGACCCUGCAGGAGCUCGUGGAACACUACAGCAAGGACGCUGAUGGCCUAUGCGUUUCCCUCAACAAGCCAUGUGUACAGGUAGAGAAACCGGUGACAGAAGGACUUUCUCAUAGAACGCGAGAUCAAUGGGAGAUAGAUCGCUCCUCCCUGAAGUUUGUAAGGAAACUUGGACACGGUCAAUUCGGUGAGGUAUGGGAGGGGUUGUGGAACAACACCACGCCCGUAGCCAUAAAGACGCUCAAAUCGGGCACCAUGGAUCCCAAAGAUUUCUUGGCAGAGGCUCAAAUAAUGAAGAAGCUGCGGCACACCAAACUCAUACAACUGUAUGCGGUCUGCACUUUAGAGGAACCUAUUUACAUUAUCACUGAACUGAUGAAGAACGGCUCUCUUCUGGAGUACUUGCAAGGCAAAGGUAGAGGUCUGAAGCUCCAACAGCUUAUAGACAUGGCAGCUCAGAUAGCUGCCGGCAUGGCGUAUCUCGAGUCCCAGAACUACAUCCACAGAGACUUAGCGGCAAGGAACGUACUGGUCGCUGAACCAAAUGUAGUCAAAAUCGCUGACUUUGGACUAGCAAGACUUAUCAAGGAGGACGAAUAUGAAGCUCGGGUUGGAGCUAGGUUCCCAAUUAAAUGGACAGCGCCGGAAGCGGCCAACUACAGCAAAUUCUCCAUCAAAUCUGAUGUAUGGUCCUUUGGUAUUCUUCUCACCGAGCUCGUCACCUACGGAAUACCAUAUCCAGGUAUGUCAAACGCGGAGGUCCUCCACCAAGUGGAGCACGGGUACCGCAUGCCCUGCCCGCCGUCCUGCCCGGCGCCACUCUACGACAUCAUGCUGGAGUGCUGGCACAAGGACGCCCUCAAGAGACCGACCUUCGAGACGCUGCAGUGGAAGCUGGAGGACUUUUUCACCAUGGAGAACUCGGAGUACAAGGAGGCCUCCGCCUACUGAGCCCGCCCUCCCUGCCGACACACCGACGCGCGCACGAA